AUGUCUGAGUUAACAUGCAACAAACAACUCAUUGAUGAAAGCCAUCAGAACACGCAUUACGACUCUGAAUGGCACCGCUACAACCUCAAACGCAAGAUGGCAGGGGUUUCAGGAGUCACAGAAGCACUCUUUUUAGCGACACAGUCAGACGAGGAAACUAAGGACAAGCCAGAUCCGACUUGUUGUUUUAUGUGUGACAAAAAGCAUAAAACUAUUGAAAACUGUAUGGUUCAUAUGCACAAACAUCAUGGUUUCUUCGUACCUGAUAUUGACUAUCUCAAAGAUCCAAUUGGCCUUCUUACCCAUCUUGGACUUCAGGUUAAACAUGAUUACAAAUGUUUGUAUUGCAAACAUAUUUGCCGUCCAUUCGAUAGUCUUGAAGCCGUUAGGAAUCAUAUGGUGGCAAAAAGUCAUUGCAAAGUGCAUUAUGGUGAUGCAUUUGAUGAAGAGGAAGAAGCUGAAUUAGAGGAGUUCUAUGAUUAUAGCAGCAGUUAUGUAGAUGAAAACGGGAAGCAACUCGUUAUUGGUGAUGGGACGGGCGAUAGGAUAGAACUCGGAACCGGUGGAUCAGAACUCAUGAUAACUAGACCAACAGGUGAUAGAAUAUCAACCAAAAUAAUCGGUUCAAGGGAAUAUUUGCGUUAUUAUCGUCAAAAACCACGCCCUUCUCCAAACACAAUUCCCGCUACCGCUAUGCUGGCUUCCAGGCAUAGGAGCGUGUGUAUGUCAACGGUGCAGGCUAAAGAGAAGAUGGUGACGAAGAAGUUGAUGAAUACGAGGUCAAGGGUAGAGACGACACGAACCAAGAUAGGCAUGAAAAACAAUGUCAUCCGCAACUUUCCAAAGAGCGUUUCAUAUUUGAAACGUUAA